CUAUAAAAUCCUUUGCUAUUCCAUUUGUUUAUUUUCACAUAUCUCUCAACAAUAAUAUCUAUUUAUAAUAUCCUCUUUCUCUUUAUAGAUUUUAUGAUCUCUAUGGCAAAUUUGUCGAUUAAAAGUGAAAAUUAUAAAAAGGCAAGCGAGGAAGAGAUUAGUGAACUAAGGAGAGGGCCAUGGACUAUUGAAGAAGACACAUUGUUGAUUCGUUAUAUUGCUGUUCAUGGAGAAGGCCAAUGGAAUAUAUUGGCUAAACAAGCUGGACUCAAGAGAACAGGAAAAAGUUGUAGACUCAGAUGGUUGAAUUACUUGAAACCCGACGUUAAGCGUGGGAACCUCACUCUUCAAGAACAACUCCUCAUCCUCGAACUCCACUCCAAGUGGGGUAAUAGGUGGUCAAAAAUUGCACAACAUCUACCCGGAAGAACGGAUAACGAAAUCAAGAACUAUUGGAGGACAAGAGUUCAAAAACAGUUACGCCAGCUUAAAGUUGAGGCAAACAGCAAGAGAUUUUUGGAUGCAAUUCAUCAUUUGAGUAUGCUAGAAGCCAUGGACCAAUCCUCUAACUUCUCCCUCAAUUUUCCUCCUCCAUCAGCUCUUCAAAACACAACAUCACCGAACUCGUUUGAAACUGCCAUUCAUCCGUUCAACGACCACAUGGGUGAUGCCGCUCCUCUUCGGGUGCCAUGUUCAGUCAGCCAAUGGCCUGAAAUCUCACAACCCCCACCAAAUUCUUGUGAUGAAUUUGAGGAAGCUUGGAGGUUGAACAUGGUGGAGAUGCAGAAGCAAAAACAAGAGCCAGUUUGUUCAUUGGGUGCUUGGGAAAUUGAAGAUUGUGAUGUCCACAUGGCAGCACCUGAUUGGCUGAUGGAAGAUUCAAUGGUUGAAAACUUAUGGAGUUUGGAGGAUCAUCACCUGAUAUAAUGAUAUUAUGUAAUGCUUGUGCUCACUCUUCACUGUCAUGAGAUUUUUUCUUUUUCUUUUUUUUGAGGGGUAACCUUCUAACUUUUCUAUGUAAUCUUUUUAGAUUUUAAAAAUUAAAAAGGGUGUAAGUUUUUAGGUGUUAGGAGAAAAUGAAUUAAUCAAUAUAUAGCUUUAGUCCUUUUAAUUACAAAUAUAUUAAGGGUGUCGUUCGACUUUAA